AUGAAAUUAUCAACUACUUCUGCUGCAUUGAUCUUAGCAUUCACUGCAUCCAUUAACGCAGCUCCAGCUGGUACUCCAACCACAACCACUCUUAGCAAGAGAGAUGCUGAAAACAUCGGAAAGGCUAUUGCUUUGUUGAAUGACUACAAUGCUAAGAGAGAAACAAGUCCAUCUUACCAAUUAGAUGAAAGAGAUUACCCUAUUGUCACCACUGUUUUAGGUUACAUUAAGGACACAGAUCUUUCCUCCAAGAUUCUUUUAUACUUCGUUACUAACGAUUACUUUGCUCCAAUUGUCAAGGAUACAAUUAUUAAACUUAUUAAGAACGGUACCAUUAACUUGACUACCUUAUUCACUUCAUUGAACAAUUCAGGUUUAGCUGCUCAGGUCAUUGAAGAUCUUAUCAACGAUUGUAACUUCUACGGUGAAAUUUACAAAUUAGCUGGCUCUUACAUCAGUGACUUAUUCGACAAGAUCAAGAGCAAGAUUUCUAGCAUUGGUAGCAAGAGAGAAACCAUCGAAGAAAGAGCAUUGACUACUGCUUCCCAAAUUCCAGACAGUGAGACUGACGACUCAGUUCUUACUGAAUUAAUGGAAUCAUUAAAGAAAUCUGGUUUAGGUACUCAAGUUGUUUCUGAAUUAAUUGUGAACAAAGACUUUUUAUCAUUCGGUGCUGAAUUGAUUAAGGGCUUAAUCGACCAAAAGGCUAUCACUUUAGGUGAAUUAGUUGAUGCUAUCAAGGAUUCUGGAUUAGUUCCAUCAUUAUUCAAGCAAUUCUUUACUCUCGACACAUUGAAGACUGUUACAGUUAACGCUUUAGCUGCUGCUUUCAAUAAGUGUGGUGGUAGUAGUGCCACUGCUACUGCUACUUCCGAUUCCGGUUCUGAAACUUCCGCUUCUGCAACCACGGGUACUUCUACUUCUACUUCUACUGGUGGAAGCACUAAUCCAACCUGUAAGAAGAGAAAGAGAUCUUAUUACUAG